CACAUAGUAGAAAGUUGUUGACAAAAUGAUACCUAGGAAGGGGGAGGAGGAAUGCCGAUGGGUGUCAGAAAACUAACCAGUGCAGUAAGGGAAUGGAAGUGCAGCCAAGAGCCAAAUGCUGCUUUCUCCUACUGCUUUGGCGUUGGGAAUAAGAUACUCUCCCCACAACUGCUCUUGGGUAGAACAGGAUUCGCACUGUGUGGCGACUCCAAAUCAGAUGCAAACUGAUUCUUUGUCUCCAUCUCCUAACACUGUGUCUCCAGUGCCUUUAAAUAACCCCACAAGUGCCCCAAGAUUUGGAACAGUCAUUCCUAAUCGCAUCUUUGUCGGAGGAAUUGAUUUUAAGACUAACGAGAAUGACCUAAGGAAGUUUUUUUCCCAGUAUGGCUGCGUGAAAGAAGUAAAAAUAGUAAAUGACAGAGCUGGAGUAUCGAAGGGGUAUGGUUUCAUCACAUUUGAAACACAGGAAGAUGCACAAAAAAUUUUACAAGAGGCUGAAAAACUAAAUUACAAGGAUAAGAAACUAAACAUUGGUCCAGCAAUAAGAAAACAACAAGUAGGGAUUCCUCGGUCCAGCAUAAUGCCAGCAGCUGGAACCAUGUACUUAACCACUUCAACUGGAUAUCCAUACACAUACCAUAAUGGAGUGGCAUACUUUCAUACUCCUGAAAUUACAUCUGUUCCACAGCCAUGGCCUUCACGUUCUAUUUCCAGUUCUCCUGUGAUGGUAGCUCAGCCUGUUUAUCAACAACCUACAUACCAUUAUCAGGCUCCUGCUCAGUGUCUUCCAGGACAGUGGCAGUGGAGUAUUCCACAGUCCCCUGCCUCUCCAACCUCAUUCUUUUACCUGCAUCCUUCUGAAAUUACAUAUCAACCACUGGAAAUUACACAGGAUGGUGGAUGUGUCCCUCCUCUUUCGCUAAUGGAGGCUGCAGUUCCAGAGCCUUAUUCUGAUCAUGGAGUUCAGGCAGCAUAUCAUCAAGUUUAUGCUCAAAGUGCCAUAGCCAUGCCAACCCCUGUGUUGCAGCCAGAAUCUGUUAAAGAAACAAGGAUACAUCCAAUGAGGAGGAAUUUUUCUCAUCCUUCAUCAAUGACUUUGAAGCCUCGCUAUGCACGUAGUCCUCACUUUCAUCCUAGAAAAGAUUACAGAUCAGAUGACACCAUGCUUUCUACUCCUUCGUCCACAGACUCUGUUAAAUAGAACCUUAGGUAUUUACACUAGCAAGUAAAAGGGUGUGUAAUAUUGUAGCUUGCCACAUUUGUCAAUUCUGGUAAGUCAAAAUGAGUAUACUUUUUUAAGGAGAUAAAAUACCUUACUUGUAAACAUUCAGUUAAUAAACACAAAUCACAGUAAAAUCAUGUUUACCCUUAUCGGUUGACAUACUUACCUUGUGACACAGACUCAUAAUUUGUAGACCAUGCAUGGGCUGUUUAUUAAUGCAGUACAUUUCUAUUACAAAACAAACUUUUAAUUCCUUUUUCUCUGAGACAUUGCAAAAAAGGGCUAACAAAGAUACUAAGAACCGUUUUUGCUAGACUGAAAAUUCAUAGAGUGUUGGAUUUUCAAUAUUUUUAAAUAUUUCUGUUUCAGUAUUCUUUUGUUUAAUUUGGUAUAUUUUCUGUUUUACAUAUUUUAACUAAUAUCAAAUCAAUCUGUUUUUAUUUGUUGAAGAGAAUCUAGUAAUGUUAAGAUUCUUUAAAAAUGAAAAAAUAAGACCAUUUCCUUAUAUCAACAUUCUGAUUUUUGUGCCUGAUGCUCUAAAAUAUCCUAAAAUCGCAUGCAUUUAUGGCAUUCUUUUAGGUGUGAAAAAUACAAGUAUUGUAUUAAUACAAUACUAAACUAUUUCAAAAUCUACAUUCAACUAUUAGUCUAUUUGUGUGCAGGAUCAAAACGAAUCACUGCCAAUAUCAUGUCCUGAAAAAGAACUCACUUUUUAUGUCACUAUGAGGAUUAAAAUUAGCUGUUUGUUCUUUGCUUUUCUUUAUAACCUUUUUAUUACAUUGCCUCAUCUUCAAAUUACUCUGGCAGAAUAAAUGUAUCUGCUGUGUUUAAUUGGAGUGAGAUCACAGUUAUGUCACUUGUACUGUGAAAUGUCAUUGUUUUAGUUCUGUGUAUUCAAAAGAGCUUCUAACUCUUUUGGGGGAUUUUUUUCUGUAAAAUAAGGAUUUUUAGUCAUUAUUACAACAGUAGGUACAUCAGUAAGAUCACAUUUUAAUAAUGUAUUUAAGAUCUACUAAUGCUGUCUUUUAACAUUGUAGUGGCCAUAUAGAAUUUUUAUUGCCUGUUUUGUCUAAAAUCUACGUCAUUGUCUGGCAGUAGCAAAGGAGACUAAUUCUUAAUAACAUUUUAUUUAUUUUUCUAGUAAUGUUCAAGCUUAAUUUUUCAUAGGGUAUGCACUCGUAUUGAGCGGGGAGGAAACCUAUGCAAAAGUAAUUUAUUCAUUUUGUAAAAAUGUUUAUGAUAACCCAGUAGUUGAUUUAAAUGGUCUUUAUGUCAAAUGUAAAUAACUUGCAUUUUUGGGAGAGAUAUCUGUUCAACAUUUCUGUUAUUAUAGUUGCACAAGUUUUAAAAUAUAUUUGUAAAAUUGCGUUGACAUUUUUUAAAACUGCCUUCUGUUUGUGAAAUGACUUGCUCAGUUACAUGCUGUUAUACGCAAUAGAGAAAAAGCCAGGAAAAGGGUAUGUGUUCUGUUACUGUGGCCUUUUUUGCAGCAUAUCAUGCAGCAAUUGUACAUAACCUGUUUAAUCCCAGCAAUCAGAGUUGGUUUUAAAUCUUUUGCUUGGGUUCCCAUUUUUUUGUAUACAAUACAACAAAAAUGGUUGGAUCCAGUGCUGAUGGAACUGCCUCUGUUAGCAGAAUGAGGAGUGUUAAUCCUCAUUUCCACACACACUGCCCCAGAUAUCCUGGGAGAUAGCAUGGGAGAAGAAGGAUUGGAAAAUGGACCACACUGUUGAGCAUAUGCUAUUGAGCACUGCCACUUGUAAAACAACUUUUUCCAUCAUAUAUGCAAAACUUUAUCUUAACUGCUGUGAUCUCUUAUUAAUAUAUGCAUCAGGUAGAUGAACACCCCUUACUUUACAUUUAAGUAAUUAUAUUUAAAACAGCAAUAGAAAUACAAAUAAUCUUUUGUAGCACUCUUUAUUGAGCCAUAUUAUAGUUUAUAUAGAGCUAAGGAAUAACCGAAAUAAGUAUCUAAUUAAUAUAGAUAAUUAUAGAAGUUGCGUCUAGAAGAAAGUCAGAACAAUUGCCUUCUAUACUCUAAUUCUGUAGUACAGUAUUAACUAUGGGGUACUCACAGAUCUUAUCAAAGUGAAUGUUUUUUCUUUUACUUUUGUGAUAAAUUUUGGGAUGUUUUGUGGCCUUGACAGUGACCUGAAGCUAAUGAAUCCCCUUUUGUCUUACUUCCAUGGAGAAACAUAAUGGUUACCAAGACCAGUGUACUUCCUGAUGUUGUGAUUUCAGAUUCAGCUAUCUUGUUAGUAUCUGGAAAGCAAGAAUUGGCAAUACCACUAGUAUUUGUUACAUAAAAAUAUGUAUUCAAACACUGCUCUUAAAUUUCAGUUUUGGGUUCGUAACAGAAUCAUAUUGGCCAUCUAUUUAGAGAUGAAGAAAUUAUUUUAGUCACUGUUAUAAAUAUAUAUAAGAAAUAGGUAGGAAAUGUCAUAAUGUUUAAACAGGACUUUGUUAUUACUGGAAACAAACUGCCUGUUUUGAAAUUUAAGGAAAGCAUGAACAUCAAAUGUUAAGUUUUGCAAAGCCAAAAAGAUCAGUUUAAUUGUACCAUAAUUGUUUAACCUUUUACUUUGAUAUUUAGAAUUAUAACAGUGCAUUCCAGUAAUAUACACAAAGGUAGCAGAACACAUGGCUUUGUGCAUAUGUUUUAUAUAUCUAUUACAGUAUUGGUAAAUAAUAUCUGUUAAUUGUAAUGUGUAUUAAGAUAAGACAGUUGGAUUCUCAUAUUGUGGCAGCUUUUUAAAAAAAACAAAAACCUAGAAUGUGACAAGGAAUUUAUUUUAACACUGUAUGCUUAAAUAUUUACUAAGAAUCUGGAUUCUUUUAUAUUUGCCAUUUCUGUAUUAUUGCAGAGCUCUAAUUUUAGGCAGACUAUUACACAAUAUAAAACAGUAAGAGUAUUAUCUGUUUUUGAGUUUUGUUAGUAGACAAUGUUUCUCAGAUCUUUUUAUAUGAAAACACUGUUCUAAAAAUACAUUAAACUGGCAGUUAAAAACAA